UUUUCCUUCUUCUCAAUAACAGUCAUACCUGAAACUCUGAAAGAAAAACGACACAGUUACAUGAAUCCACAAGAUCAAACCCCCCAAGAACCCCAUCCUUACAUUAACAAUCCAUUCCCAUUUACAAUCUAUUUACCUCAUUCAAACCCUAAUUCAAUCCCAAACCAUUUUAACCCCAAUGGAAUUACAAAUCCUCACACAACCCCCAAUUUCGAUUCGAAUUUAGUUUCAAACCCUAGUUUAGACCACUUCCUCACACUAUCAGUCCCAAGAAAACGAAGAAGAGGCAGGCCACGCAAUACGACGCCAUCUAACCAGGUAUUCCAGAUACCCUCGUUUUCCAACCCUAGAAUCUAUGGGAACAAUGGUCAACUAUCUUCAUUACCUUCCUCUUCAGCGCAAAUUAUCAAACCCCAUAUCGAGAGUUAUAGUUUUUCAAGCCCUAACUAUGGUCAAUUAUCAUCAUUACCUUCUUCUUCAGCUGAAAUUACCAGACCGCAUAUCGAGAAUUAUAAUUUUUCAAACCCUAACUAUGAAGGAAGUUACGAUUUUACAAACCCCAAUGAUACAAAUCUUGAUAGUACAAAACGAUCACAGAGUGUGCCAGAUAUAAAUGAUGAGAUCAUUGUGAUCAACAGGGAAGCUACAGCUGAAGCGUUGAUUGCAUUAACGGCUGGGUUUCCUGCUGACCAUUUAACGGAUGAGGAAAUUAAUGGCGGGGUUGUCAAUGUUAUUGGUGGAAUUGAACAGGUUAAUUAUAUUUUGAUCAGGAACCAUAUAAUUACGAAGUGGCGUGAAAAUGUAUCAAAUUGGGUCACAAAAGAUAUGUUUGUUGAUGUUAUACCUAAACAUUGCAGUACCCUUUUGGACUCUGCCUAUAAUUACUUGGUUUCACAUGGGUAUAUUAAUUUUGGGGUUGCACCAUCGAUUAGAGAGAAGAUUCCCGCAGAACCCAAUAGGUCUAAUGUGAUUAUUAUAGGAGCAGGGCUUGCUGGGUUGGCUGCUGCGAGGCAGUUGAUGUCAUUUGGGUUCAAAGUUACUGUUUUGGAGGGGAGGAAGCGUGCUGGGGGACGAGUUUAUACGAAGAAAAUGGAGGGAGGGAAUCGGACAGCGGCUGCAGAUUUAGGAGGGAGCGUGUUGACGGGUACGCUUGGGAACCCACUUGGGAUUUUGGCUCGGCAAUUGUCUUGUUCGCUUCAUAAGGUGAGGGAUAAGUGCCCACUUUAUAGUUUGGAUGGGAAGCCUGUUGAUUCUGAAAUGGAUCAGAAGAUGGAGACUGCUUUUAAUCGGCUGUUGGACAACACAAGCAAACUGAGGCAGUUGAUGGGGGAAGUUUCACAGGAUAUUUCUCUUGGGGCGGCACUGGAGACUUUUCGACAGGUUAAUGGGGAUGCGGUAAAUGCAGAGGAGAUUAACUUGUUUAAUUGGCAUCUUGCGAAUUUGGAAUAUGCAAAUGCAGGUUUGGUUUCUAAGCUUUCACUUGCAUUUUGGGACCAAGAUGACCCGUAUGAUAUGGGAGGGGAUCACUGCUUCUUGUCUGGCGGGAAUGGAAGGCUGGUUCAAGCAUUGGCGGAGAAUCUGCCCAUCCUCUAUGAGAAAACUGUGCACACCAUUCGAUAUGGUAGUGGCGGAGUGCAGGUCAUUUCUGGGGGACAGAUCUUUGAUGGUGAUAUGGCACUGUGCACUGUUCCACUAGGAGUUCUGAAGAGUGGUUCUAUUAAGUUUAUUCCAGAGUUGCCUCAGAGGAAGCUUGAUGGGAUAAAGAGGUUGGGAUUUGGUUUGUUAAAUAAGGUUGCCAUGCUUUUUCCUCAUGUGUUUUGGGGCACCGAUCUCGACACAUUUGGGCAUCUGUGUGAUGAUCCUAGCAUUCGAGGGGAGUUCUUUCUGUUCUAUAGCUAUGCAACUGUGGCUGGUGGCCCCCUCUUGAUUGCUUUAGUAGCAGGAGAAGCUGCACAUAAGUUCGAGAGCAUGCCCCCUACUGAUGCUGUGACAAGGGUUCUUCAGAUCCUUAAGGGUAUCUAUGAACCGCAAGGAAUUGCUGUCCCAGAUCCCAUCCAAACUGUCUGUACAAGAUGGGGUAGUGAUCCCUUCAGCUUGGGUUCUUACUCCAAUGUUGCAGUUGGGGCAUCAGGAGAUGACUAUGAUAUCUUAGCAGAAAGCGUGGGAGAUGGAAAACUUUUCUUCGCUGGGGAGGCCACCAAUAGGCGCUACCCAGCAACUAUGCAUGGAGCUUUUCUUAGUGGCCUUAGAGAAGCUGCAAGCAUGGAUCGACAUGCUAGUGCGAGAGCCUUGAAAGUAAAAGUUGAGAGGAACCCAUCAAAGAAUGCACAUUUGUGUGCUUCUCUGCUUGCAGAUUUAUUUAGGGAGCCUGAUUUGGAAUUUGGAAGCUUUUCUAUCAUUUUUGCUAAGAAAAAUUCUGACCCCAAAUCAAUGGCAAUUUUAAGGGUGACAUUUAGUGAGCCACGAAAGAAGAGUCAUGAAGGUUCAAAGUCAGAUCAGCAGUAUUCCAAUAAAUUACUUUUUCAGCAACUUCAGUCUCAUUUUAAUCAGCAGCAAGAGCUUCAUGUUUACACAUUGUUGUCAAGGCAACAAGCGCUGGAGCUGAGAGAGGUGAGAGGGGGUGAUGAGAUGAGGUUGAAUUACCUGUGUGAAAAUCUUGGAGUGAAGCUUAUUGGGAGAAAGGGUCUGGGUUCAUCUGCAGAUUCUGUAAUUGCUGCCAUUAAGGCUGAGAGGGGCAAUCGGAAACCUGCUUCAACUUCUUUCCCUCUUAAAUCUGGAGGAACAUCCAAGCUCAAAUCAACCACUUCAAAGCAAAAGUUGAUUAGGAAGGCUAAAAUACUAGCCAAAAGUAGUGGCUCUGCCCCUCCUCCAAAUACAGAUGUGGGAGUUAAAGUAGGUUGCAGUUCCACUGGUUCUAUCCUUCCUCCAAGUUUAAAUGUGGGGGCCAAAGUAGUUGGGAUUAGCAAUGGCUCUACUCCUCCCAAUUUAAGUGUGGUGGGUAAAGGGGUGGGUAAUAGUGAUGAAUAUAACCCUCCUGCGAAUUCAAAUGUGAUGGCUAAAGCAGUGGGUGACAACAAUGGAUCUUUCCCUCCUCUGAAUCUAAAUAUGGGAUCAGAAGCAGUGGGUGGUAGCAGUGGUUGUAUUCCCCCUGAAAAUAUGGUUGAAGAUAGUGUACAUGGUUUGGCUCCACCCGACAUUUCCUCUAUGGUGCUUGGGGAUGGGUGAAUCGUAGCAGUGACAAUUGAGCACAUCUUUUUGUCUGUGCAUUGCCUUUUGGAAUCUCUCUCUUGGACCAUAAAUAUUUUGCCGAUGGAGACUUCAGUUGUCCUUUCUUGCUUGCUUAAGGCAAGAUGGGGAAGGGGAGUAUGUUUGCUGUGCUGUCAUAUUUGUAUAUCGAUUGAGAGUAGGUGCAUCAAAGCUUGCCCAACGGGCUUGACAAUCUCCAGCAAUUGAAAGAAAGUUGUAGCACUCAAGGGUGCAACGUGUUAGACCUAAGACGUGAAUUUUGUACAUAUUGGGAUUUGAGAAAUAAAUCUUAUUUUGCAAUUUUCUUUUCAGAGAUAGUCCCAUUGCCAUUUUCA